AUGUCGCAUUGCGUGUCGCGCACGCUUCCAGGGGCUCAAAUGCUCGCGCCAUUGCGUCGCGCCUCCCCUGCCCUGCCGCCGCCCCUCGCUCUCACCGCGCCACAUGCGUUCCGUCACGCCGCCAGUCAACGCGAGUCAACGCGUCGGCGGGUGGCGGUCAACGCGGCGGCCAACGGUCCACCGCCGCCAGAGGCCGCGUCGCCGCGCCCGUCGGAGCCGGAGCCGGCCGGCGAGCCCCGCGGCCCGUCGAACGCGGCGGCGCCAUCCAGCGGAGCGGCGGCGCCCGUCGCGGCGUCGUGGGCGGCGGCGCUAGCAGGCGUGGAGGUGAUGGCGUUGGACGGCACGCGAGUGGCGCUGACAUCGCUGUGGGCGACGAGGCGCGUGGUGGUGGCGUGGACGCGGCACUUCGGCUGUCUCCUCUGUCGCAAGCUAACCACCAUGCUGGCCAAUGAGAAGGAUGCGUUUCAAGCAGCAGGCGUGACUCUCAUCAUCAUUGGGCCGGGCUCCAUCCAACAUGCGCAGCAGUUUGUUGAUCAAACCAACUUUCCAGGAGAGGUGUAUGCGGACCGCCAGCGUGCAUCAUACGAGGCGCUGCAGUUCGUGUCGGGCCUCUCCACCGUCUUCUCUCCCACCGCGGCGCUGAGUGUGGCGAGGGCGCGCAUGGAGGGCUUCCAGCAGGACUGGGGGCUCUCGCUGCAAGCUGACACUGUGCUCAGGGCGGCGUGGCAGCAGGGUGGCAUCAUAGUGGCGGGACCGGGCAUCGACAACCUGCUCUUCCUGCACAAGGACAAGGAGGCGGGCGAUGAGCCAGAUGUGCGCGACAUCAUUGCUGCCGCCCGCCUACCUCUGCCGUGA